AAAUUUUCGCCGAGCUUUCGCAUCUCAUGGGGGAAUGCUUUGAUUUGAGAUUCCAAAACUCAUAGUCCAUAAAUUUCAAUAUUAGUUUAAUUAAAUUAAAUAAAAGCCCUAAGUUCGCGUGCAGCCGAAGUUUAUUCUUCAACGGAAAAUUCUCCAUCUCCCGAAGCUAUUUAAGCACCUAUUAGAUCUGCGUUUCGGUACUCUUCGCAUCUCUCCCUAUAAGAUUACCAAUUUCUUUGAAUCAGCUGAGUAUGUUUCUUUCGAGGCAGACGCUAGUUUUAUACAAGUUUCAGUUGUUGGUUGUACAUCAGUCGUUCAAAUACUGGAACGUCUUCUACCAAUUCAUUCCAUUUCCUUAUCAAGUGAUUUUGGUUGGUUAUAUGUGGAAUAUGUUUGCCUAGAUUGGGGUUUAUGCUUCUUUUAUUUUCUUCCUUUUAAUUUUAUUAUCAAUUUUGUCUUCUUUGUCCAUCUUAUGGGAUGACUUGACAAGUUUUUGCGUGGAUAUCAGAUCGUGUUUAGUUGUUCUUGGACUUAAUAAUAUUAUGCCCAGAAGUUCUCUGCUGGAGUUUGAUAUAGGGUUCAUUGUGUUGGAUUUUCCCUGAUCCAAUCUUGACACGUGGAUCGUCUGAACUUUUAUGGUUAAAGUUUGAACACGAGAGCUUCUAAUAUGUUAGGAUGGGCAUGCAGGAUUUAAGAUUUGGAUGCUGGUAUUAUGAUAUUUUCGCAAUGGAACCAUGCUGCAUCACUAAUUUUUUUACUUUUCUCUUGCAGAUUAAUUGGUUACUACGACAGUCUGUCGUCUGCUAUUUUGCAUAUUGAAUCUUUUUGAAGAUUACUAAAGUGUUAGUAUCCAUAGGCUGCAGAAUUCGAAAGUUACUUCUCAGAAGUUAGUGAGAAUUUGGUGUUGGAUUAAACUGAUAAAAGAUCAAGAAACUGUGUUGAGCCUCUGAGGUCUUGGAAUAAUGACCCUUUUAGAAAGUGAAGAGGUUGGUUUUAAGCGCACUGAGCUUUCAGCUAGUGAUUAUGAUGCAAGUCUUCCUAUCAAGAAAAGGAGAUUUCCGGUAGUGCAGUUUCCUCCAUCUCCAUCUAAAGAUAUACCUCCAUUCCAUUCGGGUGGAAAUUUAUUGAAAGCUGAGCAGCGAUCUCCUCCUAAAAAUCUAUCUCCUUUUAAUCAUAAUGAAAGUUUAGUAAAGACUGAGCAGCCAUCUCCUCCUAAUGAUCUAUCUUCUUUUAAUCACAAUGAAAAUUUAAUAAAGACUGAGCAGCCAUCUCAUCCUAAAGAUCUAUCUUCUUUUAAUCGCAAUGGAAGUUUAAUAAAGACUGAGCAGCCAUCUCUUAUUGAAGAUCUAUCUUCUUAUAAUUGCAUUGACAAUUUAAUAAAGACUGACCAGCCGAUUCUAUCUAUGAAAAUAGUUUCAAGUUCUAGUGAUGUCACAAGUUCUGCAUUGUUGAAUAAUAACCAAGACAAUGUUUCUGACAAGAAGAAAGGAAAAUCUGAUAGUGAUUCAUGUUGUGUGGAUAUAGUUCGGAGUGAUAUUGGAAUGGCAGGAGUCAAGCUUCAAGAACCCACUUUGGGAGGACAUGCUAAUAUUAAUGGUUUUGUUGAAUAUGAAGGUAAAUCCUUGGUAACCGUAAAACACACCAUUCAUACAUCACCAGAAAUCUACGGGGGGUCAAAGUUGUCGUCAACUAGCCUUGACUCCGAUCCUCUUGCUGGUAACAAAGGGCAAGAAGAUGAUGUAAAAAUGCCUGAAGAAAAUUGCAGCCCUCCACUUUGUGAAGUUGGUGGAGGAGCUGGAGUAUCGAUGGGUUUGUUGAAGGGUCAUAUGGAUCUGGAAUUAGUUCCUGAAAAGAAUGAUUUGAAUUUCCUGAAGCAGAAUUCUGCGGAACCUGUGUUACUGGACUUCUCUUUAAACAACCAAGCAAGUAGCACCCAAUUUGUCAAAGGUAACGUAGGGUCUGAUUGUGAUGAUUCUCUUUUGCAGUUGAACAGGGAAAAAUGGGAUCUUAAUACCUCAAUGGAAUCAUGGGAGGGUUGUACUAGUGGUGAUUCACCUGUAGUGCAGAUGUCUGCCACUCAGACAAAUACAACUAUUGAAACUUAUGCUUGUUCAUCUGAAAUGGUUGAAAGUGACAGUCCAUGCGGAAAACAAGCCCCUUUAGAUAGUGAAGAUAAAGGCAACUCUAUUUAUGCUUGCAUGCCAUCAAAAGAAAAUCUUCAUCUAAGUCUUGAUUCAUCUUAUCUGAAACCUGUGCUUGAAGAAGACUCUUAUAUUUCUGAAUAUGAAUCAGAUGGCAACUGGGAUAUAGCUGAGGCUGUUGAUUAUAAUGAUAAUAAUGUCGAAGGAGACUAUGAAGAUGGGGAGGCCCAGGAAACAAUGCUGGAAACUGAAGUAGAGGUCCAUGUAUACGAGGAACGAGAAAUUGAGUCUUUGGAUCAUGCUGGUUGUAAUGACAAAAAGAUCAAUUCCGUUGAAUCGGAUCAUGAUUUUUUUGCUUUAGGCCCUCUUGAACAGGUAACUAAACCAGAGAAUCUGGAUUGUAGAAGUGAAGACGAUGUUAGGACUACAACUAAAUGUAAGUCUUAUGAGCAAGAAAAUGAAGACCAUUGUGUGGAAGAAUUGCAUGCCAUAGAGAAUACUAUUAGUAGGGAUGUAAACAGACCUGUGAAGGCCACAGGAAGAAGUCAAUUAUUUCAGUAUGAUAAAAAGCACAACUUCGAGGCAAAGGACACUGCUGAUGAAAUCGUUGAUGAGGAACUGAUUCCUACAUUUUCUCAGGGUGAGGUGGAGAAUGCUGUAGCAGUAGAUGUAGUGCAGAAUAGGGAUCUAACUUUGCCUUCUGUAAAGGAGUCUGAAAACGAAGAUGAUGCAAAGGAUAUCAAUGGAGGCACUAGAAAUAGUCGGAUAAUUAAUUUUAGUCAAACAUCUACUGAUUCAACUCCUUGUAAGGCAAAAUCUUGUUUUGCCAGGUCAGUUUUAUCACAUAAGGAUAGAGAGUUUGUACCCAAUAUGGAAGUUGAAGGAGCAAAUGUGCAACCUCAAGAAAGAGAUGAUGGGUACAGUAAUAUUACCAAGAAAAUUUCUGUGGACAAACGCCAGGGUCAGUCACAGUUGAUGAGUUUUAGUCAUAGAAGAGGGAGAAGUACCAAUAGGUUGGACAACCGAUCCGAGGAAUGGGAUUUUGGUCCCAACUUUUCUCCUGAAACAUACAGUGAACAACAGAUAGAUUACCAUGGUCCUGGUCUUGAUCAAAAUCGAUAUAAGAUUACACCAGAUGGUCCAUUUGGUGGUGCUUACCGUCGUGGUAGAGAAUUGCUAGAGGAUGAGAGAUCUUUUUAUUUCCAUGGGCCCUCAAGGAGGAAGUCACUUGGAAGAAGACAUGGGCCCAAUGUAGGAGGAAAAAUGGUUAACAAAAUGCCUCGAGAUUUUAGUCCAGGUAGAUGCAUGGAUGAAGGUGGCUCUUUUGAUCGUCAACAUGGUGAAAAGUUCACUAGGAAUUUUGCUGAUGACACAGUGGAUCUUAUGUAUACACGACCUCAACCUCCAUAUGAUGUAGACAAACCUUUCUUCCGGGAAAGAAGGAACUUCUCAUUCCAAAGAAAAUCUUUUCCCAGAAUUAAUUCCAAAUCUCCAGUAAGAUCCCAAGCUCGCUCCCCCAGCCAAUGGUUCUCUUCAAAAAGAUCUGAUAGGUUUUAUGAACGUUCCGACAUGACACAUCGAAGGUCUCCAAAUUAUAGGAUGGAAAGGAUGAGACCUCCUGAUCAGCGUCCUAUACGUGGGCAUAUGCCGGGCCGAAGACAAGGAUUCCAUUUCCUUUCACCGGCUGAUGAAUUGAGAGAUGUGGGUCCUGCACCUGACCAUUGUCAUAUGAGGUCUAUUAUCCCUGAUAGGAAUCAGCCUGAAAGAUUACCAAUUAGAAAUAGAAGUUAUGAUGCUAUAGAUCCUGAAGGAAGGAUUGAAAAUGACGAACAUUUUUAUGGUCCUGUACGUUUGGGUCAAUUGACUGGGUACAAUGAUGGCGAACCAGAUGACGAUGAAAGAAGAUUUAAUGAGAGACAUGAACCUUAUUCUUUUAAGCAUCCAUUUGGUGAUUCUGAUGGUGAGAGAUUCCGAAGCAACAGGGAGGAUUGUUCUAGGCCUUUUAGAUUUUGUGCAGAUAAUGACCCAAGAAUAUCAUGGAAGAGAAGGUAGCUUUUAGGGAGAAAGACUGAGUUAAGGAUCUCUACCAAGGGACAGGAGAUUGCUUUAGACUAGUCCAUUCUGUUAGUUUAAGUUAGAUAUUUGUAGAUGAUAUUUUAUGGUGCAAAUGGGGCCUUUUGUCUCUCUCUCUCUUUUAAUUUCAUAAUUGCAAUUGUAAAAAAUUCCAUAUCAAUGCAGAAGAGUAUGGUUCUCAA